UCCUUCUCUGCCCCCCGGCGGCUGAUCUGGUUUCGUAGAACAAAAUCCGUGUGCUUUGCACUAGUUCACACUCAACGCUGUGCUGGUUGAGAGCUUAGUUCUCGUAGCUUCGUGUUCCCAGAUGGAGGAUUCGGUGGGCGAGGAGGAGAGGAGGGAGCAGGGGGAGACCGCGGCGCAGGCGAAAGCGCAUCAGGAAGAAGUAGCGGCGGCUGGCGGCGGCGGCGAGCCGGCUCAGGAUGGCGGGUUCCUGAGCGCCAUGGCAUCCAAGAUCGGCGCGACGAUGUCCGAGACGAACGGGAGCGGCGGCGAGGCCAAUGCGGCCGCGGCGUCUGAUGGCGAGGCGUUGAAGAGAGACGGCGACGGCGACCCAGGUGAGGAGGGCGGGUUCCUGAGCGCAAUGGCGUCCAAGAUUGGCGCGGCGAUGUCCGGUGCUAAUGGCGGGAGCGAAAGCGACGGCGGUGGAACUGCGGCCGUGGCGUCUGAUGACGAGGGCAAGCAGAAGGACGAAGGAAACGGCGGUAGCGGAAUCUUCCAUAAGCUCCUGUCCAGUUCGCCCGCUGCUUCGUCGCCGGCGUCAGGAGCAUUGGAAGCAGAGGAAGCGAAAGAGGAAGGGAAAGAUCAGGGCGUGUCAGACGAGCAAACCGGGAUUCUGAACGCGAUGGCCUCCAAGAUUGUCAUGGCCAUGUCUGCCGCCAAUGGCAACGGGAACCACGGCACCGAGGACGCCACCAAGACGAGCAAUGGCCACGCUGUUGAUGUCAGUAGCGGCGAGGAGAAGGGCGGCGACGCGAAUGGUGGUGGAAUCCUGAACACAAUGGCUUCUAAGAUUGGCAUGGCCAUGUCUGGCGCAAAUGGUGACGAGGACCAUGGCGGCAGUGGGGUCAACGCCAAGACGAGCAAUGGCAACUCCGUUGAUGUCAGUAAGGAUGAGAAGACGGACGAGAUGAAUGGUGGUGGGAUUCUGAGCGCUGUCGCUUCCAAGAUCGGCAUGGCCAAUGGCAGUGGGAACCACAGCACCGAGGACGAUGCCAGAAAGAGCAAUGGCGAUGCUGUUAAUGGCAGCAAAGGCGAGGAGGAGAAGGAGAAGGGGCAUGAUGCGAAUGAUGCUGGAAUCGUUGAGCAGAUCAUCUCCAACCUCCCCUCAGAUGAUCAGGCUCUAGAUUCUGAUGAGGCUUCCCUGCUUAUAGCCAUUAUUGAAGACUAGCUCCAUAGGCACUUGGUCGUUCUCGAGCAACAGUGGAAUAUAUUUGGUUGUUCUGAGUUACUUAGAUUCCCCCUCAAAAAAUAGAUCGCUCUUAAUAUGAAGGCAUGUAAGUUCUUGAUGUGGAUGCAUGUAAGCACUUGGGGUAGGUUUCUUGUAGACACUAGAGAUGUUGUAAGACUGUAACUGUAAUCACAAUGUCUGUUGGACAGGAGUGAAAGCGAUGCUUGCAAUUCAGACAUCAGGCUUGUGAAGUUCAAGAUCAAA